GGCAGAGUUCGGAAGCCAUAGGUGGAGAUAUUUGACAGAACCUAAACAUGACUGUCUGAUACAAGAUGAAUCCAACUAACCCCAGUGCAACCAACUUUAUCCACGGAGGGGGGCGAAGUGAGUUGACUCAGACUGAGGAAGCGGCGGAGGAGCGGAGGGAAGGAGGAGAGAGGGAGCAACAGAGGGAGCUGGAGAGAGAGACAAAUGUGACAGAUGGAGUGACUCUGGCUGCAGAAACAGUUGCCAACCACAGGGUGUCAGCAGACAAACACAGAUUGAACACUGUGGGAUACCAGAGGAAGCCAAAGCAGAAAGUGGUGUCUGAGUAUUCCACAGUGAGUAAGGGAGCACAGGGAAGUGUCAAACCUCGACCGGCACUGAUACAGGUCCUGUUCAACCAGGGAGCGAAUGACAAAAGCUCAAUACCUGAGGAGAGGGAUCAGUUGGAUUCUCUGAAGCAGGUUCUGGAGGAGUUCCUUGUACCAGAGUGUCUGAACUGGACCUGGGGGGAAGACGGGACCAAAGCAACACUGGAGAAUAAUUGGACUGAAAUUGUACACAACAACGAGACGAUGUGUAAGACCCAGAGACACCAACAGGAGGCACUGUGGGAGUUGGUACACACUGAGCUCACCUACAUCAACAAGCUCACUAUUGUUACUGACUUGGUGAUGGCAGCCCUUAUCAACCUGCAUCAGCAUGGAUUCCUCUCAGAGGUGACACCUGAACAGCUCUUCUCCAACCUUUCCUCCAUCCUUAGCGCCCACCGGCUUUUCUGGCAGGAAGUGAUAUAUCCUAUGUUACUGGAAGUCCGCAGGACAGGAAAGCCCUUUGACCCCCUCGUGUUAGAGGCAGGCUGCCUGCAGUUCCCUGAACGGUUCCUCCCCUAUCUGCAAUACUGUUGGGAGGGCGAGAACACACUUGAGUUGACACGAAGACUGACUGACACCAACCUGCACUUUCACACCUACUUAUUGUGGCUAGAGUCGCACCCCCAGUGUGAGCGUAUGCGCCUGGGCGACAUGCAGGCCAAACCCCACCAGAGGAUCACCAAGUACCCCCUGCUGCUGAAGGCCAUCCUCAAGAACACACAGGACCCACACACACAGAAUGUACUCAGGGGCAUGUUGGCCAGUGUAAAUGGCUUUCUAGAAAGCAUCAACAGCUACCUGAGGCUGAAGGAUGAGGAACUGGCCCUCUCUCUCUCUGCACAGAAAAUAGAGGGAUACAGCACGAUGGAGGGGAUGAGCGAGGAAAUUGACAAGCAUGUCAAAGAGUUCUGCAGGUUUGAUUUGACAUGUCCUGUCAGAGGGGUGGGCCCUGGGGUCAUACGCAAGCUGCUAUUGGAGGAGACCCUCAAGAUCAGAGGAAGGAAGGACAACAAGUUGGAGGUGAUAGCCCUGCUUUUCUCUGAUGUGCUGCUGGUCACUAAGGCCCAGAAGAAAGCAGAAAGACUGAAGGUAGUGCACCCACCCCUGGCCCUGGACAGAGUUCGCUGUGUUGCUCUAAAAGAUGGCUGUUCGUUUGUGGUGAUCGAGGUGAGUGUUCUGGGUGGUGCUGUGAAUGUCUACACCUUCUACACCUCUGCAGAGACCUGCUCAACAUGGGUCUCCACCAUUCAGAAGGCACAGGUAACAUUGCAUGCGCUGAGAGAAAGAGAAGUUAGCAAUCAACUAAUGCAGAUACAACAGAGAGCCCUACAGCUACAGGAACAGGCCAAACUACAUAGAGAGCCCAAAGAGGAAUCGGUAGAUCAGCAUCCUGACCAAUCAGAACCAGACAUCACUUACUCUAAGGAAGUGAAACACAAUGAGGAACUCAUCAUUCUAUCAGUAAAUGGGACUUCUGCCUCCAUAGCAACGGAGGUGAAACAACAAAUUCAGCAACCCAUGAAGUACAAAGAUGCAGUGUUGCCAGGAAAACUUCACAAAACAAAUAUCAGUCAUAGCCAAUCAAUGCUUGGCGGUUCGGCAGGAUGGCUAAUGAAAAACAGUGGCAGGGUCACGGAAGGGUUUACUAUAUCAGAGGCAGGGAAGAAAGAGGUUGGAGACAUUAACCAAUGGGAGGAGGAGGCUGAGUCCAGGAUGAUCACUGAACGAAGGGUGACCUGGAACCAUUCCAGACAGUCUAACUCUCUACAGCCAGAGGACGCAAAUACCUUCCAACCUCGACCCAAAACCAAUGGCCCACUAGAUGGGUAUCCUGAAAUAGACUACCUACCAAACACCUCCAGCACUUCCCCAGCUUCUCCAAGCAUGGAAAACCAUCCAAACGUUUCCAUCACCAUUAGUCAGAUGGAAGCCCAAAGGUUUCCCUCCAAGGGAUUCAUGCCCACACAAAGAAAUUCUGACCCCCAGUCUGUGUUACCGGCCGUCACGAGAGACACUAGGUUUUCCCAAUCAGGAAAGGAGGAGGCUUUAGAUGAAUCAUCAAGGUUUUCACGGAAGUUAAAGUCGCCUCGGUUACGUAGAAGAAAACUAAUGUCGGCUAGCCCGUCUAUGUCAUGGACACCUCUGGCAGCUGACGGCUCUGGGAUGGGCCAACCUGCCCCACAUACAAACUCUUCCUCAAACUCAGACUCAGACUAUAACCAGAAGCUCAGGGAUUCGAGACCGAGACCAGACCCUCACCUGGUGCUCAAUCUGGGCUCCGUAAAUAAGAAUAAAGGGGUGUUCUGGGACAAAGAUUUCUGCCCCGGGCUCUAUACUUUUACUGAUACAGAGAUGCCCAACAGAAAACCUAAAGAAACAGUAAACACCCAAAAAAGGUCCAUGGUGAAGACCCAAAGAAGCGCAUCCAUAACAGACAUCGUCCUUCAUGAUGGAUCUCCCCUGACCUCAGCCAGGCACACCAAUUUGAGGAUAGCACCAUCACCCCCGCCUGGUUUGGACCCAUACCUACACCCCUCUCCCGUGGAGGCCAUUCUGUACCGGGCCAAGGAAAGAAAGAAGGACGGAGGGAAAAGAGAGGAUAAGGGGAACUCCACAGCAUGGGAACUCCUGCCUUCUCCAGCCUUCUCAACCACUCCUCUCGAGUCACCCAACAAUGGGGAUGGAGAGUCGGAUUGGGAGGAGGUGGAGCUGGUCAGAUGCCGUGCUCCAUCGGUCAGUCAGAAAUGGAUAGAGGAGAGGGUUGAUGGAGAUGUGGAUGAGGAGGAGAAAAACAACCCUGCCUUCCCUGAUGGUGCCAGUGUUGAUUGGUCAGGAUGGUGUUUGGAUGCUGACGAGAUUCUGCGUCCGCUGCCUCUGGAGGACAGUGGUGUUGGGGUUGAUGAAGAGAUGUAUUUAAUAAGAGAGGGGAGAGAGCAUGGGUUCAAUCGGCUUUUGUCCGUGAGGGAUUCCCUCAGAAUUGCCCGGAAGGAGGACAGAACGAUAAGUCAGGUGUAGUUCUGAGCCGGACUAACCAUUCCUCUGCCUUUGGUUCCCCUGCUGUUGCAUAGCUGUGUGGCGGUGCUGUCGGGACCCAGAUUCUGAGUGGGCGGAAUGACUGACGGGCCUUGAUAAAGACAAGCCAAAGGUCAUGGAUGUUCAUCAGCUUGAUCUUAUCCUUAAAAUAUGAAAAAAUGGAUGCAAAAAUUAUAUCAUGGGUAUUGGUAACCCUAGGAAUUCUAAUUUACCAAGUCAAUAGAAGGAUCUUCCCACUGAUAAAUGCCUUUUUUAUGUUCAUCUCAGUCAUUAAGAACUCUUCAGUGGUCAUCUAUGACUUGUUUUACUUGAUGUAUGCCCUUACUCAUCUGUCGAAAUGGGGAAGAUGUGAGAAAACACAAAUGACAUGGUUGAAAGGAUCUGGUCCUUCAUAAAUUAGUGGUUACUAUAUCACGUGUUCUUCAUUUGGGUUAGUUUUGGAUCAGUUGUUCUUUUCUUUAACAUUUAAAGCCUGCAAUGCACACUGGGUAGUAGGCUUUGUGUUUCUCUCAGAAAUAUCUUUAAGAAGGUUCUAAACAGGACUGAUCUAAAGAUACAAGGACCAGCAUGGGGUGGUAACAAGAACAGGAUUGUGGCUUUGUUAAAAUAAUGUUGGUUAAUAGCUUAUGAGGAAACGUUUAUGAAAUAAUCCAUUACUUUCUAUGGAUAGAUUUUGGUUAAGCUACUUCGAAACGAAUUCACCAUGUCUCAGAAUUUGAUCCUAUAUAGGUUCUAGACAAUUACUUUAAUGGUUAACUCUAAAGAUUGACUGCCUCUGUGCAGAUUGUCAGGGGGAUAACUUGUGCAGUGGUUAACUGGCCUCGUUUUUCUAACCAUUUCAUUUGAACAGUGCACUGUGCAUAUCCACAGCAACAAGCAACUGGAACUAAGUUAUUCUAUGUUAAGCAACACUGUAAGUAAUGUUAAGUAAAACCUCUACAUUUUGUUGAGGAGGGGAAAGAGUGGAUGGAUAGGGACCAACAAGGAAGGAUUUGCUUAACAACAAUUUUAUUCUAUUUCAUAUCACGCUGUUGAUUGAAGGAGCUGAUUGCCACCCAAAUUUGCCCGUAAUGCCGAUGUUAGGACAUUAACUGUAAGGAAUGUCUGAGUGAUUCAUUUUGUGAUGGAGUCAUCGACACGUUCUUCAAACUCAGAAAUGUCUUUACUAUGCUAUUAGAGCUGCACACUUGUGCAGUUGUUUGCAUUUGUACUUUUUGAUGUUGUGUCUGUUAACUUGCUGUGUAAAUGCUGUGUAGAUAGACUGGCAUGUUUGUUUAAAGUUUAUUGUAGUGUUUUUUAUUUAAAUUAGUAACCACUCCUUUAUUUUAUUGUGACCCAUUUGCUCUGUCUGAUUUAGAGUUUAUAUAUCGUAAUAAAAAGAUUGAGAUAUAGA